GAUGGAUCUCUAGGGCAACACAAUCGACCAAGAGACGCAUUCUCAAAACCUAGUAGAUAGAUAGAUACAAACACAGUAACUGAAAACAUGGCGGGUUUAACAUGGUUAUUAUUGCCACUCUUGUCAUCCUCACUGUUGAUGGUAUCCUUGUUCCAGUCCGCACAAGCUGCCGGAAUUGCCGUCUACUGGGGUCAACACGGCGAUGAAGGAAGCUUGGCCGACACAUGCGCCAGUGGAAACUACCAGUUUGUGAACCUGGCAUUUCUGACGACCUUCGGCGGUGGAAAAACACCAGUGUUGAACUUAGCCGGCCACUGCGACCCCCCCUCGGGCACUUGCGCCUCCUUGAGUGCUGAAAUAAAAGGUUGCCAGAACCGAAACAUCAAAGUGCUGCUUUCCCUCGGAGGUCAGAUUGGAAACUACGGCCUUACUUCUGCCGACGAUGCAGGGCAAGUCGCCAAUUACCUCUGGAACACCUUCUUGGGCGGUCAAUCAGGUUCCCGCCCGCUGGGAGAUGCUGUUUUAGACGGUAUAGACUUUGAUAUCGAAACCGGGACAGGCCUGUAUUGGGACGAUCUGGCCAGGGCGCUCUCCCGAUUCAGCUCGCAGAAAAAGGUCUACUUAUCCGCCGCUCCGCAAUGCCCAUUCCCUGAUGGUCAUCUAAGCACGGCUAUCGGCACUGGCCUUUUCGAUUACGUCUGGAUACAAUUUUACAACAACGGGCAGUGUCAGUAUGGGGCUAAUGCUGAUAACCUGAUAGCGAGAUGGAAUCAGUGGACUUCAGUUCCGUCCAAUCAGAUCUUCCUAGGCGUACCAGCAUCCGCAGAUGCUGCCGGCAGUGGUGGGUAUAUUCCACCUAAUGUCCUCACUUCUCAGGUUCUACCAUCCAUCAAGUCGUCGUCUCCCAAGUACGCCGGGGUCAUGAUCUGGAACAAAUAUUUUGACCGCGGAUAUAGUUCAGCUAUCAAGGGCAGCGUCUGAAUUAGUCGCCCUUAUCUUAUGUCCAUCCAGAUUGAUUCCAGAAUAACACGUCUCAGAGGAGACAGUCUUCUCUUCAGGAGUAGCUAUAGGAUAUAUGCACUUCCGUCCAAAUAAUAUCCAUUGUACUUGUACCUCAUCAUCAUCUAGAAAUAAAUAAAUGUUUUUCGGGAUCAUA